GACGAUGGCUUCGACGCGCAGCGCAAGUGCCAGUGCGACCCCCUCUGCGUGUACUACCAGAGCUGCUGCAGCGACUACUCCACCGUCUGCAAAGCCAAAGUGACCCGUGGAGACGUGUUCGCCUUGCCAGAGGAUGACUACGUCGACUACAACCUCACCGUCGACCUGGGCACCGAGGCAGCCCCCACAGAACUGGUGACGCUGGAGCCCACGCUGGAGCCCACAUUGGGCCCCGAGGAAACGCUGCCAGAGGUGCCUGUCACCACACCAGAUUGGUCUGAGGACAGUGCGCCCGAGUGGCUGUGCAGCAGGAAACCUUUUGAUGCCUUCACUGACCUGAAGAACGGUUCCCUUUAUGCUUUCCGAGGGAAGUACUUCUAUGAGCUGGACAAGACAAGCGUGCGGCCUGGCUACCCCAAACUCAUCAGUGAUGUCUGGGGCAUCGAGGGUCCCAUCGACGCAGCCUUCACACGCAUCAACUGCCAGGGCAAGACUUACCUCUUCAAGGGCAGCCAGUAUGGGGCCCUGGACGCCGGGUACCCACGCAACAUUUCCGAGGGCUUUGAAGGCAUCCCGGACAACGUCGACGCGGCUUUCGCCCUCCCCGCGCACAGCGUGCACGGCAACGAGAGAGUCUACUUCUUCAAGGCCGGGCGGGGGUGCCCCGGCCGGCUGGAGGCCGCCAUGGCCGGCAGGAUCUACGUGGCCUCCCACCAGCCCCGCAGGAGGAAGUCUCGCCGCCACCGCAAGAGGUACAAGAACCACCGGUCGCUGAAUUUGGGUUUCUGGGGCUGGCUGCAGAAUGACUCCGAGUCCGCGGGUGUUGAGAGCGACUGGCUGUCGGGGUCCAAGUGCGAGACCCUCCAGAGCGUCUACUUCUUUGUAGGAG